AUGGAACCAGACACAUACGGUGGAAUAGUUAAUUCUGCAACGUUACCUCCUACUUUAAUUCAUCCAACAGAAUCAAUUGUACCUCCUAUCGUUUCAUCAUCGAACACUAAUAAUUAUGAAACACGUUCAUCGUCUCGUCGUCAUCAACAUCAUCAUCAUAAAAAACAACAAAAUAAUAAUAAUAAUGUAACAUCAAAUGAUAAUCAGGAUGAACGUAUUGAAGUUAAAAUUCUUCCACAAGAUGAUAAUUGGGGUGAAACAACAACAAUAACAUGUAAUGGUGGUAAUGAAGAUAUAUUAACAAAUAAUAAUGAUACAAGUUUACAACUAAAUAUUCCUAAUCAACAUCUAACAAAAAAAACUCAUCAUCGAAAACGAUCAAUUAUGAUUUGUCAUUUUAUUAUUUAUUUAAUUUGUCUAAUUGCAUUUAUAUCACCUAUAUUAUUUCUUACAUUACCAUAUCUAUUAAGUCAAUAUGAUUUAAUAAUUAUUAAUGAUUAUACAUUCUUAAUAACAAUUAUUUUUAAAUUUUUACUUGUAUUUCUUGGUACAUUAUUAUUAUUAUAUCGGCGACGAAAUACAAUUUAUUUGCCACGUAUAAAUUUACAUAAAAUAUUUUUUAUUAUUAUAUUACUAAUAAUUAUUUUGACUUAUUGGUUAUAUUAUAUUUUUAAAUUAUUACAACUAAAUAUUGAUAAAUAUGAAAAAAUUUUGUUAAUGACUUCAACAUAUGAAGAUUUACUUUUAUUUUUAUUGUUAUUAGUUGUUAUGAUCUUAGAAAUUAAAUGUUUAUAUCCAAAAUGGAUUGUUAAAGUUGUACGAUCACCCGAUGGACAAACAAGACAAUAUACAAUUGGUUCAAUGUCAAUACAAGAAGCAAGUAUUUAUUUACUUGAACAAUAUUAUAAAGAUUUUCCUGUAUUUAAUCCAUGGUUGGAAAAUAUACAUCAAACACCAUCAAGACAACAUGGAACACUUUCAACAAAAUCUAUUGGAUCACAAUCAAAUGCAUCGACUAUUGCUACUGGUGUUAAUGUUAAUAGAGAUCUUGGACGUUCGAUGCAGGGAUAUAAUGAUCGAUUCUAUGAUGAACUGGAUUAUGAACGUCGUGUACGAAAACGGCGUACAAAAUUAUUAGGUUCAUGUGAAGAUGCAUUUACACAUGUACGAAAAUGUCUUCAUGAGAAAUAUGGCUCACAUAUACCAAUGGAUGCUCGAGAAGCAGCACAAGCUGUUUUUUCUUCAAUGUCACGUUCACUUCAAAAAUAUCUUCGAGUAACUCGUCAACAACCAUAUUUUACUCGAGAAUCAAUUAUAUCUCAUUUAUCAACAUGUUUAUCACAUAAUUUAUCACCACGAGCAUUUCUUGAACGUUAUAUUCAAACAGAAUCUCAACCAUUAGCAACAUUAUUAUUUCCAGCAUUAUUAUCAACAACAAAACAUACUAUUGAACAAUCAUGGACAAUCAUAUGUGAUACACAAUCAUAUAUUAAUGAAAAAAAUCAAAGAAAAACAAUAUCAAUUAAUCAAUCAAUAUAUUCAAAUUUAAUAUUUGUACUGAAACAACAACAUGCCGAACAUAUUGCAUUAAUAUGUACAUUUCAUCAAAUGCCACGAAUACGUUUAAUUGAAAAAUUUUUUGAUUUAAAACAAAAUAAAUUUGUUUUAAAACUUAAUUCAGAAACAUCAGUUUAA